AUGACGGACGACAAUACAGCGUCGUCCGCCACCGGGAGACCCGCUACCGGGACAAGCACCAGCACCAGCACCAGCUCCAGCUUCAGUGCCCCGCCUCCCGGCCAUGGACUCCGCCGUGCCGUGACCGUCUCGGUCGCUGAGGAUGCUGCUUCUCGGCGUCAACAUAUGUCACCGCCUGGUCUCGACACGAUACCGCCACGCCGCAGCUCAAACUUUUCAGAGUAUAGUCUCAGCGAAGCUCGAGAUCUUCUUAAUCCCCAGCUUCGAGAUCCUAGCAGUACUGAGCAUUCUUCUCCUGGAGAGACAUCUUCCCUAGCAUCGUUAUCAUUGGCUUUUGCUCUUCUUCCAGCUAUAUCUGGUGUUCUAUUCAAGAACGGGAACGCUGUGGUAACGGAUGUUAUGUUGUUAGGCUUGGCUGGCAUUUUCCUUCACUGGUCAGUGACACAGCCAUGGGCAUGGUAUCACUCAGCACAGGAGGUACGGAUACAGCACGAGUCAAUAACCGAUAGUGUUAUCGACGAUGAUAGCGAUCUCGACUCGAGCAACCACAUGCCAACGCCUCACUCGCCGCUUGAUCACGUACCGGAGUAUCAAGAAAUCCAGGCUGAAUCGACUGAGGAAUUGCAGGAUACAAAACCGUCAGGCCAGCAACGGGAAGCUCUUGCGGAACUUUACUAUUACGAAAUAAUCGCCCUAGUCUCGUGCUUCAUUCUUCCACUCCUCGGCGCAUACCUCUUGCAUGCCAUCCGAUCACAGCUCAGUCGCCCCUCUGAGGGUCUUGUUUCCAAUUAUAAUUUGACAAUCUUCCUUCUCGUAGCCGAGCUUCGGGUUCUGUCCCACAUGAUAAAGCUGGUUCAGUCGAGGACGCUUCACCUACAACGGGUAGUUCAAGGAGGACCAUCCAGAUUCCAGAAAGGUAGUGAGAAUUCGGGACAAUUGGAAUCCGUACUUGCGCGUCUGGAAAGACUCGAGUCACGUUUCGCAGCAGAAGAAAACAUGUCUGCCCAAGAAACAAAGCAGGAAAUUAGCAAAGCAAAGCAGAAAGACAGCGUUGUGGCACGCGAUGUGCGUAACGCGAUUCAACCGGAGUUGGACGCGCUCAAUAGGGCUGUUCGUCGUUAUGAGAAGAAGGCGACACUUCUCCAAUUUCAGACAGAGUCGCGCUUCUCAGGGGUCGAUGCGAGACUGGAUGAUGCUAUCGCCCUUGCUGCGAGUGCUGCGAAGAAUAGUGCAUCACAUAAGAACAUGUUUGUGUGGACGGUGGAAGCACUCACCGCCGUGAUCAUCCUCCCGUUCAAAACACUGUUAAGAAUCAUGCUUUUACCUCUGAGCACACUCUUAGCGCUCACGAAUAAGAGCAAAAAGAAGAGCCCUCCUUCGUCAAAGAUGCCGCGCAGCACUAGGAACGGGAAGGCGUCUGUGCAACCGAGAUAUAACGGUGAUAGAGUUCCAUCCAGAGUUACCAAGCGAUAA